CUAGAUCUGAAAAAGUAAUAGAAAAUGAAAUAAAAUUGAGCAUAAAAGGGAAAUAUUCCCUUUAUGUGAUAGUUCCGUGUUGUAUAAUCUUCCUUCUAUUUAUUUAUGAGUUUCUAGUGUGAAGUGUGAAAUCUUAGUGGGGUUUGUCUUUUUUUUUUGUGCUGCACUGAGGGAGAUUAAAGAGGAAAAAGCUUUUUAUUCGCUUGCCUCCUUUAAAAUAAGGAUAGAAAAUAAAAAGUGUAGAGAAAGGGAUUUGGUAAUGCUUAACUCAAUCAUUUAAUUAUAGAUAGUUGUAGAAAGGUUUUUGCUAUUUCUGUUCCUGUUAAAUUAAUGAUGAAAGUGGUCAGUGAGAAUUUCAAAUGAUGGUUUUGAGGCUAGGUCUUUGGUUUAGUGGCUUGACUAAUCCACCUUCUCAUUUUGGUCAAAGGAAGAGCAUCCAACUUGAGUGUAGAGAUUUACAAGGAUGAGUGACCUUGUUCAGUUUUCUGCAAUGUCCGAAUAUGAUUUUGCAGCAGAGGGAGAUCUGUUCAAAGCACCCGAACCGAUGAUCGAAGAGUCGGGCAUUGACCUUGAUCCCAUGACAGCAGCCAUCUCAAUGAUAUCUUGUGGCGAAGACGUAAAGUCCACAGAUAUUUCUAUUCUUCAAAAUGAACAGCUUCUCAGCGAUGUAUUCUAUGAUUGCAAAAAGGAUCUAUUUGAGAAGGCGGGAAUGGAGUCACCACUCUCUGAGAUUCUAGAAAUCAAGGUUCCAUUACUGAACAUUGACGAGAACAUAAUUCAAGAAAACAAGCCACUUCCUGAUAUGCCAUUAUUACUGAAGAGCGUUAGCUCAGGAAGUUUAAGUUCGAUGGAUUGGAUGCAUGGAUCUGCUGCAAUGAAGCCUGCUUUCCUUGGUAUCUCAGGAAUAGAUUUUGAUGCGGUUUAUGGCAUGCGAAGAUCAUUUAGUGAAGGAGAUAUAAAGACUUUUGGCAAUGCUAAUAUGAACGUUGUCCAAUCUCCCGUGGAGAGGCCGUUUUUUACCAGUAACUGCAGCAGUGAGGAGCGCUUGCAAAAGCUCUCUAGAUACAGGAACAAGAAGACAAAGAGGAAUUUCGGGAGGAAAAUCAAGUAUGCUUGCAGGAAGGCUCUAGCUGACAGUCAACCAAGAGUCCGUGGAAGAUUUGCAAAGAAUGAAGAAACUGAUCAGGCAAAGAAGGAAUGAAUGAUGUAAUCAUGUUUAACCAAGUAGCUUUAUGUGACCAAGACAUAUAUAUGAAUGACAGACUCAGCAUAAUAUGUGCUUGGAAUUGGAUUAUAUACUCCUGUGUGUGUACACACUUGGUGGAGGAGUUGUAUAAACUGAACAAAUAAUUGCCAAAUAUAGUAGAUGUCAAAUUUCGUAGGGUAGUUUCAAAUCUUAUCUGCUGUAUUAAGGUCUCUGUAGACGGUAAUGAGUAGUCGGAGCUCUAGAUGUGUAAAUAGGUUUUUUAAAUAAGAGAAGGUGGCAAAAAAAUGCUCCCAUCCUAUGUUCAUGUAUAUGAUCAAACAUAUCCUAUGCUUGUCAAAUUAAAUCUAUUAUAUAUCUAAAAUA